AUGAACCCCAUCGCCGAGUGGAUCGGCUGGUUCCCGAAGGAGUACUCAAGAGAAGAGCGCGUUCUGCUCAACAAGAUUGAUCUUCUUAUCCUGUUCUUUGCCUGCGCUUCUACCUGGGCCAACAACCUCGAUACUGGUGCUAUCUACAAUGCCUUCGAGGCUGGUAUGGAGGAUGACCUGAACCUCUACGGCAAUCGCCUGACCUAUCUUACCUCUGUUUACUGGGCUGCCACUACCGUCUUCCAGGUUCCUUGCAACAUCAUUGUUACUAUGGUUCCCGCCCAUUACUACAUCCCUAUCUGCGAGCUUGCCUGGGGCAUGUUCACCCUUGGUACCGCUUUCGUCAAGAGCUACGAGCAGCUGAUGGUCAUGCGAUUCUUCGUCGGUGUCACUGCUACUCCCUGCUGGAUCGCCAACGUGCAUAUCAUCAACUGCUGGUAUCGCAAGAACGAGUUGGGAAAGCGUAACGCUAUCUACUACAACACCUACCCCCUCGGCUCUAUGAUUGCCGGUUACUUGACGAGUGCUUGUCUCACUAACCUCGAUGGAACCGGUGGUCUCGAGGGAUGGAGAUGGCUGUUCAUCAUUUGCACCAUCAUCACCGUCCCUAUUGCUGCCGUCGGAUACUUCUUCUACCCCAACGUUCCCACCAACUGCCACUCAAGAUGGUUGACUGAACGUGAGAAGGAACUCGCUCAGGUUCGUCUGCUGAAGGAGGGAUUUGCUCCUUCUCGCCACAUUACCAAGGACAUUGUCUGGAGAACUUGCCGGGCGUGGCAAACAUGGGUCUUCUUCUGCCUUGCUGGUCUCUUCUGGUUGACUCCGUAUCCUUCCACUACUCCUUUCCUUCUGUGGUUGGGUGAUGACCCGUCCAACAGCGACACCUUCGUCCAGAACAUGUCCACUGUCACCUAUGCUAUCUCCAUCGUCUCCGCCAUGGUCUUUGCUUUCUACUCGGAUUGGAGAGGCUCGCGUUGGGAUGUCAUGUUGUUCUCCGGUAUUAUUGUCUUGAUGUGCAACAUCAUGCUCUUGGUUUGGGACAUCAGCAAGGGAGCCAAGUACUUCGCCUUCCUGUUGCUUGGUUUGACCCAGGGACCCAUCAACGUCGUCAUUGCCUGGUUCGCCGAGUCGCUCGCUCACGAUCUCGAAGUUCGAUCUGUCUCUUUCGGCGUCAUCAACGUCUCGUACUGUCUUGCUCAGUUGAUUCUUCCUCUUUGCGCUUGGCAGACAAAGGAUGCGCCGCGAUUCAAGGCCGGUUACAUCUGGGUUACUUGCGCUAGUGUUGUCGAGUUGGUUCUCAUUCCUCUUCCCAUGUUCUUUGAGCGUCGUGAUAAGAAGCGCGGUAUCAACCAGAUCGAGAUGGUUGCUGGUAUGGCCGAAGUCAGCGGCUUCGACGAGGUUACCAAGCACGUCCAUGAUGGCGAUCUCGAGUCUGGCUCGAUCUCUUCCAACGGUGGAAUGGGAAUGAAGAAGGGCGAUACAAACGUUGGCGUUCAGGAAGUCGAUGAGAAGGCUUAG